AUGGAACAGAUCUACAAUGCCAAGAGGUGCCCUGAUGAUAAUAAACUCGCAUUCAUUGAGUAUCUGUUGACUGGAGAGGCCAGUCACUGGUGGGCGAGCAUGAAGAUGAUCUUAGCAGACACUCAAAGCCCCAUUACAUGGGAAGUAUUCAGAAGCAAAUUUUAUGAAGAAUACUUUCCAGAUAGUUUUCGUUUCGCCAAGGAAGUGGAGUUUCUGCAACUGGUACAAGGUGGGAUGUCCGUAUCAGAGUAUACAUAUAAGUUCAAACACUUGGUUCGUUUCAACACUACGGCUACGAGCGAAGAAUGGCAGUGUCGUAAGUUCAAAAAUGACCUGAGAAGUGAAUUGAAGUUGUUGAUUUCUAGCCUGUGCAUCAAGUCUUUUCCUGCUAUGGUUGAUCGAGCCAAAGUGUUGGAGAAGAAUGUAGCAGAAGUGGAACAACAGAAGAAACAACAAGUGGCUAGAGGGCCGAUCUUGUCAAGAAACAAUGCGAACCUGAGAAGGACACCUUACGUUCGACCAGCACAAUCAGUGAAUCCAAGUGUAUCUAAAGCAGUGGUGGCUGUCGGGCAGUAUGGACAACAAGGAAAAGUGACCUAUUUCCAGUGUGGAGGACCACAUUACCGCUCGUCAUGUCCUCAGCUGAUAGGAGGAAAAUUUUGCACUCGUUGUAGGAGAAACGGACAUCUGGAGAAUGAGUGCAACAUGGGGGAACGAGCGGUGAUGAGAUCACUGAACGCGGGAAGGAAUCAACCGAGAGGUGGUGGUAGAGCUGAAGCAGUUGGACGUGUGUAUGCUAUAACCGGCGCAGAGGCAGCAAGCUCAGGUAAUCUCAUAAUCAGUGAAUGCUUGUUGUAUGGUAGAUCUUGCUGUGUAUUGUAUGACUUAGGAGCAACACAUUCCUUCAUCUCGACGGCGUGCAUUGGGAAACUGGGUUUAGUGGAGAGAGAGAUGCAGUUCGACCUGGCGGUGUCAACCCCAGCAGCUGGUGAGGUUAAGACGUCCACGGUGUGCAUUAGAUGUCCUAUAGAAGUGGAAGGGCGUAAGUUUAAAGUUAAUCUCAUCUGCUUACCUCUUCAAAGUUUGGAGGUGAUAUUAGGGAUGGAUUGGUUAACUGCCAAUCGCAUUUUUAUAGAUUGUGGAGAAAAGAAGUUGGUGUUUCCGGGUGAAGAAGAAGAAGAGUUAGAACAAAUGGCACCUAGACCCCCUCCUCUACCUCAACUCACCGACCGUGAUGUGUCCGACAACACCAGGUUGUUGGAAUCGGUGAUAGAAAGGCUACAACAGCAGAAUGCUACCCUAAUGCAGCAGAACGCGAAUGCUUUACAGAGUUUGGAGGCCGUUCGCGCAAACUCUGAAGCUACUUAG